AUGGAGGAUUUUAUGUCCAGUGAUAAAAUGUUGGAACCCAAACGUCUAACUGUGGAGAAUGAUCCAUUGCAUAUCAUUAAGACAAGACUACAAACACAUGGUAGACCAGCAACUAUUUCAGGUCCAAUGGUUAGAUACUCGAAAUUGCCAUUUAGACAAUUAUGUCAUUAUUAUAAUACCGACAUUACAUACACACCAAUGAUCCUUGCGCGUGAAUUUGUCAGAAAUAGGAACGCAAGGAUUGCAGAUUUUACGACAAAUCUGGCAGACUCACCAGUAGUGGCUCAGGUUGGAGUUAAUAACACCACGGAUCUUUUAAGAGUCAUUGAAAUGAUAGGUCCCUUUGUGGACGGGAUCAGUGUUAAUUGCGGUUGUCCCAUAAAGGAACAGGUUAGAGAAGGGAUUGGAUGUGCAUUGAUAUAUAAUGAAGAUUUGAUGGUCGAUAUGGUAAAAACAGUUAAGUGUAAAUAUGGCAGUAGGUUAAGAUUGGAGAUGAAGAUUAGAAUCCAUGAACAUGACAAACCCUUGAGAACUUUAAGACUCUGUGAAAGGUUAUGCGAUGCAGGUGUGGAUUGGAUAACCGUACAUGGUAGAUUGAAAAGUACAAGAUCAUCUCAGCCAGUGGACCUAAAUGCAAUAAAAUAUAUUGUUGAUGGAUUGAAGGGGAAGAAUGUACCUAUUGUGGCUAAUGGGGAUUGUUUUACAGUAGCUGACAUGGAGAGAAUACAAUCUUUUACAGGUUGUCACGGCGUCAUGUCUGCAAGAGGGUUGUUAAGCAAUCCUGCCUUAUUUGCAGGUUACAAUAAAUGUCCAUGGGGUUGUCUUGAACGAUUUGUCUACUACUGUGUUGAGAUUGGUGGGUUGCCACUACAAUUGAUAUUACAUCAUGUUUAUUGUAUGAUGGAGAACAUGCAAGUUAUGAGAAGAUAUUUGAAACAAAUAAUGUCAUUAUCGAGUAUAAUUGACUUAAUUCUUUGGUUAGAGACAAAUUUUGAAUUUUCAAGAUAUGGUGAAGAAGGAUUUGGUGCCAGAGUGGACGUACCAUACAGAAAAUAA